AUGGGGGUAGGGCGGUUACGUUUUCCACCACCUUGGCCGUCUCCGCGGAUUUCGGCCCAUUUUGGUGCGGCGUACCCUCGACCUGCGCCCAUUUUGGUGCGGCGUACCCUCGACCGCGCCCGCAGAGAGCGGCCUACCCUCGACCUGAGCGGCGUACCCUCGACCUCCCGCAGAGAGCGGCGUACCCUCGACCUGAGCGGCGUACCCUCGACCGCGCCCGCAGAGAGCGGCGUACCCUCGACCUCCCGCAGAGAGCGGCGUACCCUCGACCUGCAGAGCGGCCUACCCUCGACCCCGCCCGCAGAGAGCGGCGUACCCUCGACCUGCAGAGCGGCGUACCCUCGAGCGCGCCCGCAGAGAGCGGCCUACCCUCGAGCGCCCGCAGACAGAGGCGUGCCCUCGGCCCAGCCCUCCCCCCCAGCCCUCCCCCAUGGCCCACGGCCCAAGUCCCGCCGCGCGCGCGACUCACGGUGCUGGGGGCCUUGUGUAGGACUUUACUUAUUUUUGUAA